GAGACACGCCUUAUCGGACCCGACUUAAACCCAACUGGGGACACUCGGGCUCCACAGGAUGUGCUCAGGAAGAAUGAUUUGACCAGGUGCAAAUCCCCACUAGUCUUCCGCGUGGAUCAGGAGGCGAGCGUCACGUGGCGCCGGGGCGGGGCCUGUGGCCCCGCCCCCUAGAGGUCUUUUCCCGGACGCCGGAAGCGCUAGCGCGGAGCUUCUGAGCGGCUGGGCCGCGCGCCCUCCGCUAUGGCGACCAGGGCAAAGCGCCGGCGGGUGGCGGGGCCUGUGGGAGGCGACGCGGACCCGGACCCUGUGGCCGGCUUCCUGAGCUGGUGCCGGCGGGUGGGGUUGGAGCUGAGUCCCAAGGUGAGGAGGCGGGGGUGCGGGCCGACGCGGCUGGGGCGCAGUCCACCCCUGACCCACCGCUCCCCCUGCUCAGGUGGCGGUGAGCCGGCAGGGCACGGUGGCCGGCUACGGCAUGGUGGCCCGGGAGAGCGUACAGCCCGGGGAGCUGCUGUUUGCCGUGCCGCGGGCCGCGCUCCUGUCGCAGCACACCUGCUCCAUCGGCGGCCUGCUGGAGCAAGAGCGAGGCGCGCUGCAGAGCCAGUCGGGCUGGGUGCCGCUGCUGCUGGCGCUGCUGCACGAGCUGCAGGCCCCGGCCUCGCCCUGGAGCCCUUACUUUGCGAUGUGGCCGGAGCUAGGCCGCUUGGAGCACCCGAUGUUCUGGUGAGAGCCUUGGUGGGGGCGGGGAGCACCGGCCCUGUAGCCUCGCGGCUCGCUCCGCCCUGGCCCGGGGACCGGGCCACGAGCGCUAGUCCCGGUAGGGUGUGUGAAGGGAGCCUGGCUGGGGUGCCUCCUCGCAGGCCUGAGGAGGAGCGCCGGCGAUUGCUGCAGGGCACGGGCGUACCCGAGGCGGUGGAGAAGGACUUGGCCAACAUCCGCAGCGAAUACUAUUCCAUCGUAUUGCCGUUCAUGGAAGCCCACCCGGAUCUUUUCAGCCCCAGGGUUCGCUCCCUGGAACUCUACCACCAGCUCGUGGCUCUUGUGAUGGCGUACAGCUUUCAGGAACCACUGGAGGAAGAGGAGGAUGAAAAGGAGCCAAACUCCCCUUUGAUGGUGCCUGCUGCAGACAUACUAAACCACUUAGCCAAUCAUAAUGCCAAUCUAGAAUACUCUCCAAAUUGUCUUCGGAUGGUGGCCACUCAGCCCAUUCCUAAAGGCCAUGAAAUUUUCAACACUUACGGACAAAUGGCUAACUGGCAACUCAUUCAUAUGUAUGGUUUUGUUGAACCAUAUCCCGACAAUACGGAUGACACAGCUGACAUUCAGAUGGUGACAGUUCGUGAAGCAGCAUUACUGGGAACAAAAGUUGAAGCUGAAAGGCUCCUACUGUAUGAACGCUGGGAUUUCUUAUGCAAACUGGAGAUGGUAGGGGAAGAGGGAGCCUUUGUAAUUGGGCGGGAGGAGGUGCUCACUGAAGAGGAACUGACCACCACACUCAAGGUACUAUGCAUGCCUGCUGAGGAGUUCAGAGAGUUUAAAGACCAGGAUGGAUGGGGAGAUGAUAAAAGGGAAGAGGAGAGCUUGACAGUCACAAAUAUCCCCAGGCUGAAAGCAUCAUGGAGACAGCUGCUUCGGGACAGUGUUUUGUUGACCCUGCAAACCUAUGCCACAGACUUAAAAUCUGAACAAGAUUUACUAAGUAACAAGGAGGUCUACACCAAACUCAGCUCGAGGGAACAGCAGGCUUUGCAGGUUCGCUAUGGUCAGAAGAUGAUCUUACACCAGUUGUUGGAACUGACAAGUUAGCAGGUUCCCUGUUGCCUGAAAGACCAUCCACAAGAACUUUAUUCUAAGCUCGCAUUCAUUGAUGCUUGAAAAAAAAGGAAAAUCUGGGUCUUUUGCUUUUCCUUUAAUAAAUACCAACAGGAAAAGUAACAAAGGUGGUGUGCUAGGGGUAACUGAGAUAAGGGUGACCUGUUUAAGGACUGGGUACAGCGGACUUGCAGAUUGCUGUUACUAAGAUCAGUGAAUUUUACAGCUGUUUUGUUCUCAGUCUGAACCAAAGGUUAGAAGAAAUGUGAUAGUAAUAGGUUCCUGUUGUAGUCUAGCAUUUAAUAACGUGGACUUUGAAGGUAGACCUGGGUCUGUUUUGAGCAAGCAUCCCCCCACUCCAAGACUUCAUUUUCUGUUAGAGGGUAUGAUAUGGCACUGGCACUCAACAACUACUGUACUUCCUCAGGAGUCUGAAGUUUCCUCCACAUGGCACAGCCCACCGGUAAGGGAAGAAACCCUAAGCCACCAAUGACAUUCAAGCCCCAUUAAGAUUUCUGCUGUUGAGUCUUGAACUUUUUGUCCUCUGUGGCCAUAAAACUUGAGUUAUUAAGGUAUAUUUUAUUUUAAAUAGUGUAAAUUUUAAAAACUUUUUAAAACAGGUAUAUGUGGUAUAUUAUCAAAACUCCAUGGGGACAAAGGGUAUGAAAAAUGUUUUGUAAUUAUCUAACCAUAGAAACCUGAUCCAAUGAUUUUUCUACUGCUGAAACACUACAAAAUUCACUUCCUUGCUUGUUUCAAGAUGCCAGAUUCAUGUAAGUGAUCUACCAUGCAGCAAGAAGUGACGUUUCCCAUUGGCAACAGGCUCUGCGAGGCUGGGUUGUCCACUUUCCUCACCACCAGCACUGGCUGCUGCUACUACUGAGAAAGGCACAGUGGAGUCAUGUGUGUGUCAUGACUUUAAUGUUUUGACUACAGUAUGCAUACACAUACAAGUAAUGGGAGCUAGAGCCCAGGAACUAGAAAGGCUACAAAAUACAACACGUGGACCAAUACAUUUACAAAACAUUCAAAAUGCUUACAAAAGGGGCUGUAUUGGUCCUUUUGACUUUGUUGUUGUUCAACAUAGCCUAUAUAGGGCUAUUUACUGGGAUAAUGGGGAAGGGCAAUUCAUACACUAUUAGUUCCCUUUCCCACAAUUUACAAGGAUCAGAAGAAAGAAAGGGGCACUUUUAGGCCUGGUCCGGUUUUACGUUAUAAAAAGAGCUGACUGCAUCUUGCAGGGCCUAAGGGGGCAGGUUCUCCAGUAGAAAUGAGAAAAUGAUGCUCUCCCAGCAGUCGGCUUUAGAUUUGGGGAAGAGGCAAAACAAAAACCCAUGGGAUCUCAAUUGUGAGCUCUUCCCAUGUCCCCUAAGCAUACCAAAUAGUAGCACAUACACAUUUUUAACAACUUUGUGAUUUUCAAGGUCCCCUGUCCACAUUAAAAAAAUAAGUUACACAAUA